GUGCGGGUGGACGAGAGCAGGCCCGAGCUGAUCAAGGCAAUGAUAACAGGACCAGAGGACACCCCGUACGCCAACGGCUGCUUCGAGUUUGACAUCCUCCUCCCUUCGGACUAUCCAAACGCUCCUCCACGUGUCAAGCACCUGACCAUCACUGGGACUUCGGACAAGUUCAACCCCAACCUGUAUGAGAAUGGUUAUGUCUGCCUGUCCCUCCUCGGCACCUGGGACAGGCCGUCGUGGAUCGCGGAGAAAUCCACAGUCCUUCAAGUCCUCGUCUCCAUCCAGGGGCUUGUCUUCGUGAAGGAGCCCUACUACAACGAGCCUGGCACUGAGCAGAGCACCUACACCCAGUCUUCGUCGCAGCAUUACAACAGGAGUGUCGGGUUCCACACCCUCAACAGGGCAAUUUGCCAUCAGAUCCUCAACCCCCCGGCGGAUUUCCGCGACGUUGUGUUCCAGCAUUUC